UACUACACUUACGCAGAGAAAAUGGAUUAAUCUCUGUCCUUAUAAAGAGACAGGUACCACAAUACUGCUAGGCAAAGAGGCUCACAUCACAUCUCACACUUUGCUCUCCUUGACAACAGGUUUUUUGGCUCUGACAAUCAAUCUGUGGAAAGGAUGAAGUGUGUUAUAAUCUUUCUGGUGUUGACGCUGGUCGUCCUCAUGGCUGAACCCGGGGAGGCUGUGUUUGGAAGUAUAUCGGCCAUAGUGAAUGGUGCAAAGACUGGAUGGAAAGAAUACCGAUACAACCGUGACAUGGAGAGGAUGGCUAGAAAGUAUGGACCUAACUGGCAGAAAGGAGGCAACUCACAACCUGCAGACAAUGGUCAAGCUUCUGCAAAUUCGAAAGGCUGAGAGUGCAUGGAGAUGUACCAUUUCUUAGCUAUGGUUUGGUGGGGAAUCAGUGCUCCUUAAAUGAUAUGCUUUGUGCUUUGCAAUGUAAGAAACAAAUGGAUCAGCAAACAAACCAGUAGUCUCAGGUUUGCAGGAAUCAAGUCAUUAUUGUCACAGCUUCAUUUGGUUUUGAAAAAUGUGAAAUGGGUUACUCCUGCAAACUGUCUUGAUGAAUAAAACUGCAAUACAAAAAGUCAAA